AAGGGGAGGGAGGUGUCGCACGGGCGCCGGAAGUGGACAGCGUAGAGGCGAGUCUACAAAUGAAUGAAGCUAAGUAGCCGCAGCUCUUUGCAGGUCUAAGUAGUCGCAGCCCUUUGGCGUGCAACCGGCCGACUGCGCGAAACCUACAGACUGCAUUUUCUAACAUGGAGCAAAAUUCUGAGCAAAGAAGAGUUCCCUCUGGUUCCUUGAGUCUUCAAAAUUCUUCAGUAAGUUCACAGACAAGAAGAGUGCAAGCCACCCCGGCAAACAAUGAACACAUCAAUCCCCCCGAUCAACCAACAGCAAGUUUAACGGUUGUACAGAUGGCUUCUGACCAGUCUUUACACCAGAAUAAGCCUACUGUCUCUUGCACAGAUGAAAGGUUCAGUUCUGCUGAAAACCAGGGAGGAAAAACAAUGCCCGACCAUGAGGAUCCUUUUCAUGCCACUGCUCAUAAAGAAAAGGAUAUUGCAUUCCUCUUAAAGGAAUUGGAUGUUCUAAGGGCAAACAAUAAAAAGCUUCAGGAUAAGCUGUCUGAAAAGGACAAGGAGCUGAAGACAAUAAAGUUGGACUUAGAACUGCAUGAGAGAGUGACAGAAGCGAAGAUUGCAGAAAAGGCUGCAGCUUUGGUACAGGAAGUGUAUUCUGCGCAACGGGAACGUGAUGAUGCUAUCACGGCAAGACUGAAGUUGGCCAAUGAGGAAAGGGAUGAUGCAAGGAAACAAAUUAAAUGUUUGGAACAGUCUUUUGAAAUGCUAGAAAAUAUUAACCCUGAAGAAAAUGACAUGACAUUACAGGAAUUACUGAACAGAAUAAACAAUGCAGACACCGGGAUGGCAAUACGUAGGAGCGGAGCUGUAAUUGUCGACCGAAUAUACAGGAUCCAGGAGCGGAAAAAGAAAAUAACAGCUGAAGAAAUGAGUGCAGUGAUCGAAGAAAGAGAUGCUGUGUUGGCUCAAUGCAAACGGCUAGAGCAGGAGCUUCAUCAUAUGAAAGAGCAGAACCAGACUUCUGCAAACAACACGAGACAUCUGACUGCUGAAAACAAUCAAGAACGUGCUCUGAAGGAAAAAUUGCUGGCUAUGCAACAAGAAAGAGAAGCUGUUGUUCAGCAAUAUAAAAGCCUUGAAGAAGAGCUCCAGACCCUUCGUAUUUAUUACAGCUUACACCAAUCUUUGUCUCAAGAAGCAAACCUUAAGGAUCAGUUCAACUCUGCUCUGCUGACUUAUGAAAAGGUUCUGAAGAACAGAGAGGAUAUUGUAUCUAUGCUUCUUCUCCAGAAUGAGGAGUUAGCAACCCAGCUUCAGCAAACAGUAGAAGAGAGAACAAACAUGGAAUUAAAGUUUCAGCAAGCUUUAGAGACUUCGCAACAAGCCAACGAGAAACUUCAAACGUUGCAAAGGCUGGUGGACGUCCUGAGGAAGAAGAUUGGAGCGGGGACCAUUAGGACGGUGAUCUGAUAGAAAACUCCAGUCUAGAGAAAGCAUUCACAUCUGGUGACCAGCCUGCUUCAUUCAGCACUGUGUAAACAUGAAAGCCUUAACUUAGCAAACAGUUGUUAGAAGUGGGACACUCCAACGACAUUCCAAGCCAAGAUAAAAUCAAAUCAUAAAUGUUUAACUACUUGGCUGCUGAGUUCUGUGAUUUGUCCAGAGGUAUCCUGAUGAACAUUAUUUGCUUUUGUAGCAGAUCUAUUUUGGUAUAGUUAGUCUUUGGGAAAGCCUAUGUUUAUACACAUAUGGAAAUACACAUAGAUUUGUAGAUAAUUCUAUGGACAGUUGUUUCUUUACAUCCUUACUGAACAAAAUGUAGUUUCAUCUUGCUCUUCCUCAUCUUGCCUAAUUGAAAGUGCAAAAAGUUUUAGAACAUUCUUGAACUAUAAAUACUGUAGGUUGAAUAGAAAUAUUUAAAAUACCUAGCGAUCCUGGAUAUCAACUCAACAAAAUGACAGAUACUGGCAAGAGGCAUCCAAAAUCAGGAAUUUUCUUUGGAUAAUAUCAAAUGCUAUGAUUUAUCUUUAGGCACACUUCCCUCAGUGCUAUAAUGGUUAAUGAGAACUUCUUAUGUGCAGACAUGCAUAUAUAUCUGAAAGGAGAGAUAUAUGUGGUUAAUAGUUUAUUAGAUUUUUAGAUGCCUUUUUGUAAGGAAAACUGAAGUCAUCUUAUCAUAAUUAAAAUAUUGAACACUUAGAAAGAAUGCAAACUAUUUACUAAAAGUACAAAAGUAAAAAUUAUGAGGAACAUUCAACUGGUCCCUGAGUUACAAACAUCUGACUUACAAAUGAUUCAUAGUUAAGAACAGAGAUGAGGCAAAUCUACCCACGGGAUGGAAAUUCACUCCUGAGGGAGUUAUCAUGGGCAAAGGUGGCUCAGCUGAAGCUUUAUCAGCAAUCCUUGUUUCCACAACAAGCCAAAUUUUUCAAAAUCCAAUUCUUACAAGGACAGAAAGUAAAAUCUUCUGAAUAGGGGCACUGACAGCAAUACAAACACACAGAGGUGUUAACCCUUCCCUAUGCUAUCCAAAGCUAUACAUAUAUAUGUAUUUGCCUGGAGUAACACUUACAAAAUUCUGUUCUGACAAACAAAUUCAACUUAAAAACAAACCUACAGAACCUAUCUUGUUCAUAACUUGCGCACUGCCUGUAAUUCUGGUAUUUUAAAAUUGGCGACUCACAUCCCAUGAAAUGCCUGAAUGUUGAGACAUUUCUUAAUCAGUUGCUGAAAGAUGAUAAUGUAGCAGCUAGAUGGGCCUUACAGAGGCAACAUAUUCUAUAGACAGGUGUCACACAAAAAAGCUGUCUUCCUUGUGAGCAUUAUGAAGUCUUCUCUUGAAGGAAGUACUCAAGGGCUUUAGACAGUGACCUUCGGUUCAUAGCAGAAGAGAUGUUCCAUCAUGUACUUUGGUCCAACCACAUAUAGAUCUCCAUGAGUUAAAAGCAAAACUCUGAACUGGAUUCAGAGAUCUAAUGGCAGGCAGUGCAACUAUGCUCAAAUAUGUCUUCAGACCUUCUGAUUUCCAAAGGCAAUCUGACUGCUCUUUUGAUUUCUCAAGACAUAUUCAAAAGCAGCCUCACAUACAUGGCACUGCCAUAUUCUAACCUGGAAUUAACCCAAGUAGAAAUCACCAAGAUAGCUAGGCGACGGCUGUCAAGAUGAGGACAUCUACUGAAGUCACCUAGGUUUGGACAGACAGACAAACAGUGUAAGUAGAAAGAGGGAAGGAGGGGGUGUAUAUGUGAUUUUUCAGAAAUGUAUCAUUAGACAUAAUUAUAUGUCAACAUAGUAUGUUUCCCAUUACAGUAAAAAAUUAUACAGUCAGUCCAUCAAAUUAUAGAUUUGAUUAUUUAUGUAUUUGUUUAUUCACAUAUCUGAUUAAAAUGUUCUCUCAGGGAAUCUCUAGGUCUUCCAGCGGGACCCCAUGGUUAGCUUUCACUAGAAGCUGACCAUAGAAAUACGCUGGAGAACCAGAGAUGGCUAGAAAAGUGUUGUUUCUAGUUUAAAAAAUAAUGCAAGGUUUUUCACUCUUAUGGGGGUCCAGUGUCCCUAACCCCAGUGAAUGUGGAGGGCUGACUGUACUUGAUUGAUAAGAAUGUGAGUAGUUUGAUGAUACCGUCUCAAGAUGUACAAAAGCAUCAGUAAGUCUAUACAUUCAAUUAAUUCCAUAUAAGACAACCUUGUUAUGAAUCCUCUCAGUAAAGGCAAAGGAACAGCCAUAUGAUCAACCUCUGUUAGAUUAUAUCAGUGUUAAUUUCCUGUCAUUUACAAUUUAGCUCCUUUUGAUUGUAACUUUACUGACUCUUUUGAUGAUGUAUCUGAAAUGGAAAAGUGAAGAAUAGUAUGAAGAGGAAAUAAAUUUCAUAUUAUAUCUA